ACUCUGUCUAUCCAUGUGUGCACAUAUUUUAUGUAUCGUAGCUGUAUGUUGUGUUGUGUGUGCGUGGUGAUUUGUGUUAAUGCUGAUAGAAAGAAAAGAAAUUAAAUAAAUCAGGUAUAAUUUGACGAUGAAACUAACAUAAAUGUGAAGAAACAAAGUGUUUUGUGUUAUCAAGUGCAAGUGAAUCCGUCGGGAGGCGGUAAUCGUUCAAGUUGGCGAAGGCACGCAGGGGUAUGAUAAAGGAGAAGGAGAAGGGAGGAGGCGCCCGCCUCAAAGACGAGCCCAGCGAUCCGGCUGAGCCUGGUCAUGGAUCGCGGCCGCCUUCAGCGUCGCUGCCGACGCCGGCUGCGCUGAAGAAGGAGCCUGACGAGCCCCCGCACAGGGUAAAAAUGGAGCCCCACAGCCAGCCGGGCGGCGAGGACUCCGCCGCCGAUAUGGGCGUCGAUGGCAUCAAGACUGAAAUUGACGGCCUCAUGGAUAGCGACGGUGACCCCACAAAAUCCCCACAGUGUGAGCUGGGAGGACCAGGCUCACUCAAGUCAGAAAGGCUUUCCUCAGACUCAAACGACAUAUUGGACCCACAGACUGGCCUAAGAGGCUCUUCAAGUAACCUCCAGGAUGGCAACCAAAACUGCCGCAACCCAAACAUGGGUCCAGAGAAUAUGGGGUCGUGUAGGAUGGGUGGCGGCGGGGGUCCCAUGGGCCCCGGCGUGUCUAUGGGCCCCAUGUCGGCAAGUGAGGCGCAAACUUUGCCGUCCAAUGUCAUCAGCAAACAGGCCGGCAGUAUGGAGCAGCAGAGCCAAAUCUUCGUGUUCUCAACACUACUGGCCAACAAAGGCGCCGAGGCCGUGCUGUCCGGGCAGCAUCACUCCAUCAUAGCGUACCACUGUGCGCAGCCGGGGACUAAGAAGUAUUUGGAGAAACACCCCCUAAAAAUGGGCCAAUUCAACAAACAGAACCCCGCACAGUGGUUAAACAACCUCGCCAUGGCGAAAACCAGGGGCGGCAUGCGUGGGGGGCCCAAUAUGAUGGGCGGGCCCAACCAGAUGGGCCACAUGAUGGCCGGGCCCAUGGGCGGGAUGGGCCCCAUGCCCCACGGCAUGGGCCACAUGAUGGGCCCCAGUCGCAUGGGCGCGCCCGGCAACCAGAUGAUGAUGAUGAAGGGUGGGCCCGGGCAGAUGGGCCAAAUGGGACCCAUGGCCCCCAUGGAUGGGUUUCCAGGGGGCACCCCGUCCUGUGGUGUCAUGGACGGCCUCGGUGCUGAUGGUGAAAUGCCCUGGGACACCAAAAACCCCUCAGUGAUGUCGAACGGCAUGUCAAACGGUCCCGGUCAGAUGCCCGCGUGCUCGGAGGCAGGCCAGAGUGACACCGUGCCCUCCUCCGGUGCCGACGCCUCCUCCACAGACGCGCCCUGCCAGUCCGGACCUAAAGGUGUUAAAAUCCCCGACGAAAACCUAACACCUCAGCAGCGCGCACACAGAGAAGAACAAUUAGCCACGAUCCGCAAAAUGCAACAAAUGCUGUUCCCAGAAAGUGGGGGUAACGGGAACCCAAACAACGGGGACCAGCAGCAGCAAGACAUCAACCCGCCCACGUCAGCACCCAUGAACAUGCCCUUCCCGCCCAUGUCAAUGGGGCCCAACGGACCCAUGGGCUCAAACGGCCCCAUGGUCUCCAUGUCCGGCCCAAACAGCAUGAACUCAGGCCCCAGCUGUACUAUGUCCGGCCCCAUGGGACCUAACGGCCCUAUGGGUCCCAAUGGCCCUAUGGGUGGACCUAUGGGCGGCCCCAUGGGACCAAACGGCCCCAUGGGAGGCAUGGGUGGGCCACCUGGAAUGAUGGGCGGGCAUGGAUCUAUGGGCCCCAACGGGAUGAUGGGGCCAAAUGGACCUAUGAUGGGUGGGAUGGGGCCAAACGGACCUAUGGGGCCGAUGGGUCCGUGCGGGAUGAAGGGGAUCAGAGGCCCGUGCGGGGGACCAGACAUGAAAGGAGGGAUGUGUACAGAUAUGCAUAUGGGGAGGGGGUGUGGGGGUCCUAUGGGGCGGAUGCCAAACCCAAUGGGCGGAAUGGGCGGGCCUAAACCGUGUAUGAUGGGUGGACCACACAUGGGGCCCAGGAUGAUGCCGGGGCCUAAUAUAAAUGCAAUGAAUGGAGGUAUAAUGAUGGACGGAGGCAUGAUGGGGGGCAUGGUGGGGCACGGCGAGUGCGGGCCCGAGCACCACGGCAUGCCCGUCAACGGGCCCAUGUGCGACGAGUAUGGCCGCGGGAGGAAUGUGAGUACACCUGCCAUCACCAGGUCACUAGGGGGGCCUGGGGGGCCCGGCGAGUGCGGGCCCGAGCACCACGGCAUGCCCGUCAACGGGCCCAUGUGCGACGAGUAUGGCCGCGGGAGGAAUGUAAGUACACCUGCCAUCACCAGGUCACUAGGGGGGCCUGGGGGGCCCGGCGAGUGCGGGCCCGAGCACCACGGCAUGCCCGUCAACGGGCCCAUGUGCGACGAGUAUGGCCGCGGGAGGAAUGUAAGUACACCUGCCAUCACCAGGUCACUAGGGGGGCCUGGGGGGCCCGGCGAGUGCGGGCCCGAGCACCACGGCAUGCCCGUCAACGGGCCCAUGUGCGACGAGUAUGGCCGCGGGAGGAAUGUGAGUACACCUGCCAUCACCAGGUCACUAGGGGGGCCUGGGGGGCCCGGCGAGUGCGGGCCCGAGCACCACGGCAUGCCCGUCAACGGGCCCAUGUGCGACGAGUAUGGCCGCGGGAGGAAUGUAAGUACACCUGCCAUCACCAGGUCACUAGGGGGGCCUGGGGGGCCCGGCGAGUGCGGGCCCGAGCACCACGGCAUGCCCGUCAACGGGCCCAUGUGCGACGAGUAUGGCCGCGGGAGGAAUGUGAGUACACCUGCCAUCACCAGGUCACUAGGGGGGCCUGGGGGGCCCGGCGAGUGCGGGCCCGAGCACCACGGCAUGCCCGUCAACGGGCCCAUGUGCGACGAGUAUGGCCGCGGGAGGAAUGUAAGUACACCUGCCAUCACCAGGUCACUAGGGGGGCCUGGGGGGCCCGGCGAGUGCGGGCCCGAGCACCACGGCAUGCCCGUCAACGGGCCCAUGUGCGACGAGUAUGGCCGCGGGAGGAAUGUAAGUACACCUGCCAUCACCAGGUCACUAGGGGGGCCUGGGGGGCCCGGCGAGUGCGGGCCCGAGCACCACGGCAUGCCCGUCAACGGGCCCAUGUGCGACGAGUAUGGCCGCGGGAGGAAUGUGAGUACACCUGCCAUCACCAGGUCACUAGGGGGGCCUGGGGGGCCCGGCGAGUGCGGGCCCGAGCACCACGGCAUGCCCGUCAACGGGCCCAUGUGCGACGAGUAUGGCCGCGGGAGGAAUGUAAGUACACCUGCCAUCACCAGGUCACUAGGGGGGCCUGGGGGGCCCGGCGAGUGCGGGCCCGAGCACCACGGCAUGCCCGUCAACGGGCCCAUGUGCGACGAGUAUGGCCGCGGGAGGAAUGUAAGUACACCUGCCAUCACCAGGUCACUAGGGGGGCCUGGGGGGCCCGGCGAGUGCGGGCCCGAGCACCACGGCAUGCCCGUCAACGGGCCCAUGUGCGACGAGUAUGGCCGCGGGAGGAAUGUAAGUACACCUGCCAUCACCAGGUCACUAGGGGGGCCUGGGGGGCCCGGCGAGUGCGGGCCCGAGCACCACGGCAUGCCCGUCAACGGGCCCAUGUGCGACGAGUAUGGCCGCGGGAGGAAUGUGAGUACACCUGCCAUCACCAGGUCACUAGGGGGGCCUGGGGGGCCCGGCGAGUGCGGGCCCGAGCACCACGGCAUGCCCGUCAACGGGCCCAUGUGCGACGAGUAUGGCCGCGGGAGGAAUGUAAGUACACCUGCCAUCACCAGGUCACUAGGGGGGCCUGGGGGGCCCGGCGAGUGCGGGCCCGAGCACCACGGCAUGCCCGUCAACGGGCCCAUGUGCGACGAGUAUGGCCGCGGGAGGAAUGUAAGUACACCUGCCAUCACCAGGUCACUAGGGGGGCCUGGGGGGCCCGGCGAGUGCGGGCCCGAGCACCACGGCAUGCCCGUCAACGGGCCCAUGUGCGACGAGUAUGGCCGCGGGAGGAAUGUAAGUACACCUGCCAUCACCAGGUCACUAGGGGGGCCUGGGGGGCCCGGCGAGUGCGGGCCCGAGCACCACGGCAUGCCCGUCAACGGGCCCAUGUGCGACGAGUAUGGCCGCGGGAGGAAUGUAAGUACACCUGCCAUCACCAGGUCACUAGGGGGGCCUGGGGGGCCCGGCGAGUGCGGGCCCGAGCACCACGGCAUGCCCGUCAACGGGCCCAUGUGCGACGAGUAUGGCCGCGGGAGGAAUGUGAGUACACCUGCCAUCACCAGGUCACUAGGGGGGCCUGGGGGGCCCGGCGAGUGCGGGCCCGAGCACCACGGCAUGCCCGUCAACGGGCCCAUGUGCGACGAGUAUGGCCGCGGGAGGAAUAUGGGUCCAGGUGACCCCGGCGGGUUAGGUCCAGGUGUGAACGUCGGCCAAAAAAUGGGACUCCGGAGUCCCAAGAGUCCCGCAAACGCAGACAUCGACUGGCAGAAAAUACACCAUCAGUUUUUUGAUGACCCCAAAUCUAUGGAUACAGAAUUAAGUACACAAGUGAAAUCUCCCUGUUCAGAACGGGGCGGCUGCCUCCCGCCCCCUCCCUACGGGGCGUCUCCUCUACACCGGUCCGCCUCUGUGCCUAUUGCGACGCAGUCCCCUGGCCACGGGUCGGUACAAAUGCCGAUGUCUGCGGAGGGCUCGCGAGCGGGGUCAGGCCUCAGUUCGCCGCAUCACGCGCUCACGCACCCGCCGCAUUGCAAGCCCGCGCCCAAGGACGCGCCAGAGAUACUAGAGAAGUUGGACGACGGCGUGUUUGUGCGAACACUCCAAUGCCUGGCCGCGGCGCAGAAGGGACACAAGGAGCCCAGCCUCAUGCCUGUCCCGUCGCCGCAGCAGAUAUCCUACCUCAACCAAUUCGAAGGUCAAGAGCUGACGAUACAAAAGCAGCCGAACACGUCGUUGAAAGACAACGGGCCGCCGUCAAACAGCGGGGGGCAGACGCCACAGUCCAGUUCAAACCAGAAAUCACCGGCGAGUAUGAUGCCGGGAACGCCAGAGCCUCACUCGUCGCUAUCGGAACAGAGGGCAGGCAGGUUUUCACUGGAACAGAGUCCAGGGUUCAACAACCCACAAACGCCUACGUCAGCCGCGAGUACCAAAUGUGAUGAAAAAUCAAGGCCAAGUCCGUCGUCAAACCGGUCGAGUCAAGACAGCGCGUCCAAAACGCCCCAACGGGAGUCGAACCUGAGUCAAGGACCCUACGCGCCCGCGUCAUCUGCUGCGGCUUGCGCCAAUAAGAGUAGCUGCUCGCGCACCACCGCGCCGUCGAUGGACGACUCUAUGGCCAGCACGGAGACGACGUUAUCAGGCGGGCCGAACAGCACGAGUUUACCGGGCCCCUUCCCGGGCUCCUGCGGGAUGCGGCCCGACAACAUGCCCAUCAACCCCAACCAGGGCCCCAACGGGCCCAUGACGUCGACCGCCUCCUUCGACCCCAUCUCAUCUCUCGCGCAGAUGUCUCAGCAGCUGACGUCAGCAGUGGGAGCGCCGCCACAGGGCGCCAUGCCCAGCGGUGGGCCCAUGGGGCCCUUCCCGCACCAUAUGCAGCACCAUCACAAUAUGCAUCCGCAUCAACAUCCGCAUAUGAUGAUGAACGAGCUAGGCUGCCACAUGGACGCGCUGGGCGGCAUGGAAGGUGUAUUAGGCGGCGAGUUCGCGCCCGACAGCCUCAGCCCGAAGUUACACGACGCCUGCAUGCCGCGUGCCAAGAUGCCGCCCUUCAACGGCGCCAGUGUACAGGUGAAAGCGAGCGCGCCGAACACGAUUCAGUACCUGCCGACGCGGCCGGCGGCGCCGUGCCACGCGCGCGCGCCGCCCAGCCUCGACUUCCUUCAACGCGUCACCAGCCCCAUGCAGGUCGACGCCUCCAAGGGCGGCGUGCAAUACUUCGGCGGCGGCAUGGGCGGGCCGGGGGGCCCGGGCGCGCGCGGCAUGGACAUGGAGGGGGCCAUGCGCGGGCCCAUGCGGCCGCCCGCGCCCGGUCUACUACGCAUGCCGCACUACCCCGCCGGCUUCAACUCCCCCCCCAAAAUGGACCCCUUCGGACCCCCCGGGCCCAUGUGCGGCCCGACCUUCCGCGGCGUCAAGGGCCCCAUGGGCCCGGGCCCGCAGGUGCGCAUGGGCGCCGGCCAGCCGCUGCCCCCGUCCAUGGGCGGGCCCGGCGCCGGCUUCAAGGGCCAGGGCUUCGCGGUGCCGUCCACCGCCGACCCCAACUAUGCGGCGCAGUUCCACAACUUCCAACAACAGUUGUACGCCACAAAUUCGCGCGCUGCGCCGCCGCACGCCUACCCCUACCCGCCCAAGUGAUGGCCGCCCGCCGUCGCCGCGCCCGCGCGCCCGGUGCGACUGUACAAUUUGUACAAAAAUAUUCUAAACGUGUUGACUCGUACUCUACACGAUCUAAAAGUACAGUUUUUUAGUUAUUUUCUCGCUCACGGCGGCAAACUUAGUUUUAGACGAUUUUUUACACGGACAUGCCGGAAUUUCAGUGUAUCGGUUCCUUUUACUUAGCUACUUUAUGUACGAUUCCUAUGCACGCAGAUAUCUAGUCAAUUUUGAAAUUAACGGAGCCCGAUCCCGUGUUAUAUGUAAACCUCGACGAUUGAAUCCGCCGUUCGGUCACUUUUAUAUGCAGAAGUACACGACGUUGUAGAUGUCCAUUUUUUAGUUGUAGCUUAAUUGAAACUGUUUAGUUGAAUUGGUUUAAUGUAAUUUUUGGCUGACGGCCAGUAUGACUCUUGAACUAGUGCCGGUCUGUUGUUGACUACAUUCGUUUUGAUCUGAUAGCAAUGUUUUUUCUGUCUUCCAGUACCUUUAUAGGCUCUUAAAAUAAUGCAAUACGAUUGUUGAGAGUAUGAUGUGUGUACUCCUCUGAUGCGCUUCGAAACUUACCAGACUGUAAGUUCGCGUAGUCUAUACUUUAAAAUAAUGAAAAAGUACUUAAAAUCUGAUGCCAUAUUAUUUGCCACAUGAAUUUAAUUUCGUGAUAUUUUUUUACUAUCUUAAUUUAUUGUUGUCUACGAAAUCUGUAUGAACAAUGCGAAUAUUUUCCAAACGCAACACAAUGUUAUCGUUUCGUCGUAGGACUUAGGGCAUUUUAAUAUGCUAGGCUAGUAGUCGCACAUUGUGGAUGUCACAGUGGCCUUCGAUUUGUAAUGCCUUGUUUGGAAAGCAAUGAACCCCUCGGGACGCGGCGUCCCGGCAGCCGGGCCCGGGCCCCGCGGCUCCGGUGGGCGCGGGGCCCGUGGGCUCCGGCGGGGGCCCCGGGGACCGGGCCCCGUCGGCCCGAGUCCGCCCCCGCCGACAUGAAGCGAGUGGCAGUUUCGUGAAUAACAGCACAAAGUCCAGAAUAAAAACACCCGCUAGCGAUUAGAUAGACUUAAUUUAAAUGUAAUUAUAAUAUAAGGUAAAGAAUGGUUCUUGUUUUAGAAUAAGCGAAGAGCAAUGAUAUAAAAUAGUUUGUGUAAUAUUGAUAAGAAAUGAAAUUAAGAUGCAAACUAUUGGUUGUGAUUCUGACACAAUUUGUUAAGUUGUUCGUAGAUUUGUCACACAGAGAAUUGUGGAAACUUACUGACUCACGAUAAGGCCCUUUUUAUUUUUAAUUAUUUUGUUUUUGGAUAUUUUUACUUGUCGUUCUCGUUUGUACAUCGCUAACAAUAAUUGUACAGAGUACUUUUGGACUUAAUUUAAGGCAAUAAAUGUAUUUAUUUUAUAACUCGUGAUGUAAGAAUUUAUUCUUAAUUAUUAUAAAAAAAUAUAUGAUAUGCUUGUACAUAA